CGGCAGCAGCAGCGGCAGCAGCGGCGGCAGGCAUGGCGCAGACGGAGCAGCUGCAGAUCAGCCGAGCGGCGCCCCAGCAACCCUGGGGGUUCCGCCUGCAGGGCGGCAAGGACUUCAACAUGCCCAUCAUCAUACAGAAGGUGAACGGCGGCAGUCCUGCUGAGCGGGCCGGUCUGAGGGCCGGCGACGCCGUCAUCAGCAUCGGCGGGCAGAACGCCAUCGAGAUGCGCCACAAGGAGGCGCAGGACUCCAUAGUUCGCUCCGGCAACAACAUCUGCAUGGUCGUCCAAAGAGCGCAGCAGCGCAGCCGCUCCAUUCCUGGCUUGCGGUCCAUUUCGACCUCUCAUCACCUGACACAAGGCUGGAUGGGGGCCAGUCGGCUCAAGCCGCUACCCGCCCUCACCCAUCAACCGACGUAG